AUGGGCGAGUCCGAAUACACUGUCUACAUCCGGGUGCCGAUACCCCGCGGCGACUUCGUUGACCCGCCAUCCGUGAGCGACACCUUGCUGGCAUCACAGGUAACAAAGCUAAUCGCCAGCCGCUUCAAUGUCCCCGUCGACUUUAUCCUUAAGCAGGUUGCAUACCUCACCGAACGACAUACAUCGCAGGUCCGCGCGCAACUGCUCAAGGCCACGGCUGCUGCCCGCGGAGGGAAUGCAUCUACCAGCACGGCUGUUCUAAGAGAUGCCGGGGAGGCUUCGUCGCUCCAGCUGGGCAGCUCGACGCGAACUGGCACGGCAAGUCGCCAAGCAGACCAUGUUCUUCGGAAGAGGCUCUCCUCGCUCCCUAUAGACUCAACACCUCAAUCACCGCCUGCAGAGGUCAGCCCUCCCAGUGACAAUGAUCAGCGACUGUCUCCGGGUCCGGCCGAGUCGAGUUCAGGCUCCUCGGAGGACGAAUCAUAUCCUGCACAGUCCCGGAUCAUUCGCCGACCGCCAAGAUACCAGCAAAAGGCUUCGAAUGUGUACGACGACGAGGACGACGAAUCCGAGCCGGCUUUCCAGCCCUAUCAGCCUCCAGCCGGCGGCAAUGACAGAUCGGGCCAGAGCAUGACAUCAACACUGAGGGACGAAGUGCGCCCAUCCGGAGCAAGGCGGGUAGGCAAGGCUGCACAGCGCCCACAUCACUCGCAAACAUCGGAUUCCGACACCAAUCUGCCGACGCCAGCGCGCAGACCAGCACGCUCUUCGGAGCAGAGGACGCCAGGCCCACUGUCGCCCCGACGAACGACAGAGCUGUCCGGUCGGAGCCCAAUCGCAAAGUCACGAGAAGGGAGUGAUGGGACCCCAACGCUGACCUCUCAACUAGAUGCUUCGGUAACUCAAUCCGCGCUGGAGGAAGCGCUGGCCAGUCACAUGGGACGUCCUGGCUCAAGCAGUCGCUUCAGCAUUAGCCAGGCUUUCCGAAGCCGAUACAACCAGGGCGGGAACUAA